AUGCGCAGAGACAGAGCGGGCACGGGCAGAGCAUUGGUGGCCAGCCUGGGACUGGGGCUGCUGUUUCUAACGCUGCUCCUACCCAUGCUGAUUUCUUCAAACCAAACAAUUGUUGUAACACUUUCAAGGAACUCCUCCCAGAAUACUUCAACUGCCCCAAAUCUGGCUAAUGCCACCACCGUGGCAACUGGGAGUGCUCUGCAGUCAUCAGCCAGUCUCUCUGUGAUCUCCAUCUUCCUUCUACAUCUCUACUGUCAAGAGACUUGGGCCAAGAAACAUCUAUACUUCCCUGUCUUCUAA